AUGGCUAAACUUCUCAUUUACAUUGCUCUUUUAUUUUUGGCUCUUGUUUCGGUUCAUGGCGGUCUUCGUCGAAGAUCUUUUAAUUGGGGACAUUGGGAUAUUCUAAUUGACGGUUCUAAUGAAGAUUCAUGGACAUCAAAUUUAUGUUCCAAUGAUACAGUGGCUCAAUCAUUUCUUACUCAAACUCGACAGGUGAUCAAUGAUCUUCAAUCGAAUGGAUCAUUUGCUCAAGCUCUUCAAAAACGAGCACAAUUCAUAUCUUACAUUCAAGAUGACAACAAUGCCGAGCAACUCUCAUCAAACUGCACUGAAUAUUUCAAUGGUCUGAAAAAUGCUAAAGCUCUUGAUAAACAAGCUUUAGAACAAGAAAGACAAUAUGAACAGAUAGCCAAUAGUUUAUUUCGUCAAAUCAUUCAAUCUCUUUGUGAAAGCAUGGGUAAUUCUAAUUCACAUGAGAAUUAA